GAAAAAUAAAAAAGCGAGGAUUUGUACGCCAGGCAUCGUUUGAGAUGCGUCACGGCCAGAACAAGCAGCUGUGCUUCGGCACCGGGGAGUCUUUCUGCGGACGAGCUGGUCUAUGAGAACCGCAGCUGAUCUGCAUGGAUGAGCUGACCGAUCCGGACCCCUGGAUGUGUUAUAGUUUCCCAGAGACGUAACCGAAAAAUCCUGCAGCCAUGUCUGUCUCGACGGUUUUGGCAAAGGCUCUGUUUGACAACACAGCCGAAAGCCCAGAGGAGCUGGCUUUCCGGAAAGGCGACAUCCUGAUGGUUCUCAAACAGGAGCAGACCGGUGGUCCGGGCUGGUGGCUGUGCUCCCUGCAYGGCAGACAGGGCAUCGCUCCAGCCAACCGUCUUCGACUCCUGCAGAGCGCCCCGCCCCCAAGCCAAGAUGGUCCCAGCGAAGAUUCGGUCUACCUGUCGCCUGGCCCUCCGUUGGUSCAGGCUGCUGUCGGUGGCGGCACAGACGACGCCGACGGAGUGUACCGAGCGCCACCUGUCGCGGGGGAGGGCCGAGGAGGGGGAGCCGCCUUUCGGGCCGGAGAGCUGCGCAGAGCGGAGGGCGGACGUCCGCGCUCGCACUCUAGUUCUGGCGUUCGGGCCAGACCAGACUGGGACAUUGGGGUGGCGGGACGUCCACGUUCGCCCUCUUUAAGGGGACGAGGCACGGAAAUAUUAGGAGCAGUUUAUCAGAAACCAGGUGCAGCUCUGCCUGCCAGGCAGCCGGGAGUCCUCGUGGGUUCAGACUCUGUGUACCUUUCUCCCACUGGACUACAAAGGGCCACUGAUGAACCAGAAGACACUACGUAUCUUGUCCCAAGAGAAACGCUAACAUCAGGACAAUCUGACGACUGUUACUUGGUGCCUAAAGGUACGCCGCUUGCAAGUGAUGAUGUUUACCAAUCGCCAACAGGUGGAGGUGUGGCCAGUCCUAUUUCUUCCAACGCUGCUUCUGUGAUCAAUGGGACCUCUCAGUCCAAAGUCAGCCAGGACGUACCAGGAAUGUACCAAACCCCGGCCGCUGUGCGGGCAAACCCACACAAGACCCCAGCCACGGUUCUGGCCCACCAACACCCGUCUUCACUAACCCCCGGCCAUGCAUCCCCUCGACCCCUGCUUAAGGGGGUUCCACCGAACCCCGCUGCUGCGAGAGGCAAACCAGGCAUGGCCAGUCACCGGGGUUCCCCUUUGCUGAUCAGAGCAGGCCAGGUUAGGGCCCCAGGGUCGCCCAACUUCGCCCGCAAGCCUCCCCCGCCGGCGCCCCCGGUGAGAGGAGUUACCAGGAAGGAUUCUCAGCAAGCAGCUGACUCUAACUCUGCCAGUCAAGCCAGUUCAACCAGCCGGCAGCAGCAGGAGAGCAAACAGUUCCGAGCUCCGCAGAGCAGCGAAGGUAAGAUGAGCAACGGACUGGAAAAGAGUAGCAACAAAGUGGGAGAGAAUCAGGAUCAGUCAGCAGCUGCAGAUGACCAGGUGUAUGAUACCCCUCCCAGUGGUAGGUGGCAACAACCAGUCCARUCUACCCUGCAGGGCGAUGAUGGCAUCUAUGACACCCCUCGUAGUGUCCAAUCACAAGCUGACUCUGAAACGGAGGUCUACAAUGUCCCCACGAUCUCUCUGAACACAUGCACAUCAGACGUCCAGCCUGAUGAAGCUGAGGAAGAGGUCUACAGUGUCCCCACACUACCAGGCCUGCCUCUGGGCCCAGCAGAGUCCGGCCUCUGCCUGGAKGACAUCGCUCAGAUUGGACAGGUCUGUUGCGCCCCGGGAUCUGAAAAACGGGCCAGYGGCAGCGAUCCCAAACGGGACUCCUCCGAGCCCGACUGCGGCAUCUACGACAUGCCUGCCCUGACCGUGGAAAUCCUUCCCCAUUCCUCAUCGUCGUCCUCCUCCUCCACCUCCACCCGCCGCCACUCUGUUUCCAGCAACGGCUCGGGCGAUGUGCAGUGGAAAGCUUCCCUCUCCAACCUGGUCCACUCUGUGUUGAGCGCCGCCUCCUGCUCGGCUCCUGCUCUGUUGUCGCGGGACCUGGCCACCUCCCUGGCUGAGAUCCUAUCCACCUGGAAAGCCAGUCACACGGGCGAUCCUCCGCCGCCUCUCCAGCAGGCCUGGGCCCGUCUUUCCGACCUGCUCCCGGCGCUGUCCGCCGUCGGUAACGCCCCCCCGUCAGARGGCCUUUUAACACUCGUACAGCGCACGCUGGAGGAGAGCAGCCUCCUCCUGCAGGCUCAAGGACGACCUCGUCUUCCUUCCCAGGAAUCCUUGUCGCGCAGACCUCUACCAGCGCUCCCAGUGCCCGACGGGAAAUCAUCUUGCAGUGGGAUGGGUUCCCGUAAAGGCAGCUGGAUCCAAGAGAGGCCUCUUCCGCCAACCCCCCAGCCUGCUUUUCCUCUGCCCCCUACCCCAAACAGCGUGACGCUCACUGUGGGGCCCAUUAACGGGGACGACGACCCCAAUGAGUACAGCAAUGAGUAUGCAGGGAUUGGCUUGACCCCCAUCCCAGCCCCGGCUCCUACAGGAGACAGUGUUGGAUAUGUGAAGCUGCAGGGUAAACCUGAUCUUCUUCCUGACCUCCUGACUGAGAACGGACAAACUAUCACUGCAGAACCACGGUUGACUCCGUCUCCUCCACUGCCGGUGUCCCUGUCCCUGGAGGAUUCGGAGCUGCUGUCCUUUUACUCCUCUCAGAGCCUGGCUCACCUGUCCUGCCUGGCGGACGCCAUAGACGUGCUCUUCGGCAGCUUGAAGGGUAACCAGCCGCCUCGCAUCUUUGUGGCCAGAGGGAAGAAUCUCAUUGUGACGGCGCACAAGCUGGUGUUUAUUGGGGACACGCUUUCCCGUCUUCUGACGUCUGCUGACCUUCGAGCUAAGAUCACCACAUCUGGAGGCCGACUCUGCCAGGCUUUGAAGGCGGUGGUUGUGGCAACAAAGGGCGCCGCUCAGAACUACCCGUCAGUAUCGGCCUCCCAGGAGAUGGUGGACCGCGUCGCAGAGCUCUCGCAGCAUGCAGCCGGCUUCUCCACUCUGCUUCAGCGUUUGGCAGAAAUAUCGUCGUGAUAUUUCACWUCGUCUCGUCUUCACUACACCGAUGUUUUCUUCUUGAAAUGCCUUAUUUGUUGGGACACUUCUUAUCUGGCAACGUUCGACUAGGAUGGCAUCCUGCAGCAGAGUGUUUUUCAGCACAUUGCAGCUGUUUCUAAGCUGGGCUUCUAGUUCUGUCUUCAAAGAGCACGUGUGGUUUACUUUUCUUUGCCUUUGUUUAUGUACCGGCAUUUUUGCUUUGAUGACAYGUUUUUUAUUUUAUUUUUACUGUUAACUUAUAGAAAAUUUGAAMCCCCCCCCAUGGUUGAAGUGUCCGUGUGGACGUGUUAUUUUAGGAGCUCUGCUUUAAUAAGCUCGCCAUAUUUCCUUUCCCUGCACAUGAUAGCCAUUUUUUUUUAUCCUUCCUUCCUUUAUUUAUUCAGCGAGCCCCCCACUCCAAAAAUAAGUGUAAGAGGAGGCCUUGCAUCCUGGUUCUGACCCGCUUUUCUCAAUGUUACCUGAUAGGCCUUUUUGUUAUCAUAAAUCGGAAGCGGAUUUAGCUGCAUGCUGGGGAUUUUUUGUGCUUGGACUAAGCAAAUUUACAUUUCAAGGAGAGUCCUUAAGAAAAACUUAUUUUAUUCUUCUUGAGCUCGGUUCUACUUGGAACUAUUUGUUGCAACCCUCAGUUUGACUUCAGUUUACCCCUACUGUCGUACGCAUGUUGUAAUAGUUAAAUUUAAAAGAAAAGGAAAGUCCUCAGUGACGAGGAGAAAAAAAUAUGCAGGAGCUAAUCAAGUGUUAGUGAAUGACUAAUGAUAGUUGGGUGAGAAAUUUCUUAAACCUGCUCUUUCCCACAGUCACGUGUAAAGGAGAUAUAAAAAAAACCUGUUGACCAAGCUCACAUGCUGCAACAUGUCAUGUUUUGAAGAGUAGCGCUAAAUAUCUCCCUACUUUGAUUUUGAGCUACAUUUUCCUCAAAGAUACCCGCCACUGUGAUUUGUUUAUUUAGGACUAGAGGGGGCGAUUAAAUCUAAAACUGGUUGUUGCGUCACAAUUUACGAUAAUGUAAAGUUUACACUAAAAACUUACAGAUUAUUGCUGUAACACUGAUCUUCACCAUGCUGCCCAACCUUUGUGAAAACUACAAUAUAAAGCACAAUCCACUUUCUGAAUGCCUCGUCCAUCCGUGCAUCCAUCAUAUCAAAUGUUUUUCGUGUCUCACUACAGUUCUGUUUACGCUGAAUUAUGUGUUGCGCAGACUGAAAUAUAUUUUACCACAUUUACACUACAAAYCUAAAUUGUGUGAACAAAAACUUUUUUUUUUUACAUAGGACUUUUUUUUGGCUGUUACGUUUUCCUUUCUUCAGAGCCAUCUUGUGGAAGUUUGAAGUAUUUAAGAAGCCUGAUCAAACACUAGGAAAGAGUACACGAUGGACGGUUCUUACACACAUUUAUUCUUGUCAACCCCCUGUGUGUUUUUUGCUUUCCCCUUGUUUUGCAUGGCUUGGUUUUAAUAUUUUAUGCACACCUUUCACAAAGGAGAUUUAAGUGGACGACUUGCCAUUUUUUAUAAAUAUAUUUUACAUUACAAGUCAAAAAUAUGAGGAAUUUUUUGUAUGUUUUCUUUUUUUUUUACAUUAUGUGAAGUCUGUAGAGUCUUAUAUGUAUUUGAUAAUACAUUGAAAUGAAUCUUGGACUUAUUUCCUACUUUUCAAACACUACAUUUAAUGUCUGUCAUCAGUUCCUGUUCAGUACACAGAUUUUUUUUUUUACAACAAAGCAAAUGUGUUUGCUUGUGUGCAAAUUUAUACCUAAAAUGUGUUUAUAUAACAUUUUUUCAUUCGGGUUCUGUAAAUAACAAUGUUAUUUAUUGACCCUGCUGGACAUUUCUUUUACCAAAUGAUGUAGGUGGCCUAGUUUUUCAUUAGGAUAAAAAAAGUUGAAAGAAACACUUUCCUUUUCCUGAAUAAAGCUUGACAAAUAACUGUGA